UCGUGCGGACGAUCGGGUUCACUACGGGCGACGGGAGGUCAUCUUGGCCAAUCAGGUGGAAAUGGUGGAGGUUAAUGCUGCUUGUGAUAUAUGAUAGCUGGAGCUGCCCAGGAUCAGAGACAUGAUUCGCAGCAAAGUGGUCACCGUGAAUGAGGAGCUUGCAGAGCUACAGAGGAAGUACCAGCUUUUAGAGGGCGAUCGGAAGACGUACUACGAAACAUCACAAUGGACAAUCAAACAGAACAGAGAUACUUUGUCAUCCGUAAAGAGGGAGAACAAAGAACUGCGUUCACAGAUCCAGUCCCUCAAUGUCAGUCGCAAUGGCGGGGGGACUCGUGCCGAGCUGAAUCGGAUGAGAGAGUAUGCUGCGAACCUGCGCAAGCGAUACAAUUUUCUCCACGAGAUCCUGACCAAGAAGCAGAAGCUGAUGGAGAGACAAUUGGCAGAGGCAAAAGCUGUGGAGUUGGACGCGGAGUUGGUUUUGAAUGACGACACGCCCACUAUGCGGCGUAUACGCCGACUCGAGAAGAUGCUUCAGAAGGCUGUGAUAAAGUACAGCGAGGCAAACAACAUCCGCAGAACUUACGAACAAAUCGUUAAGCGCCUUAAGGAGGAGAGGAUUGGAUUUGAUAACCAGCUGUCAGCAAUUGCAAGGACAUUGCGAGCAAAGGACCAUGAUCUGGAAGAAUUGCUGUUGAUGUCACAUGAUGCAAAUCAUGCCAAGGAGGUUGCUAAGGCAGAGCUUGAGAGGGUUGACGCACAACUCCUUUCAGACAAGCAGCGGCGCGAAAAAGAUAUUGCGGAAAGGAGAGGCCAGGCCAAGGCAAAACAGGAUCUCAAUGCAAGACUUGAGGCGAGAGAGAAGAAAAGAAGAGAAUAUGAAGAGGCCAUGGGACGGCGCACUCAUGACAGAGACUAUCGCAAGCUGAGCCAUGACCCUACGGAGGAAGAAUUGCGACGAAUCAGCAUUUACGAAGAGGCGUUCCGAAAGAUCAAAGAGGCAACAGGCGUGACCGAUCCGAACGAAAUAAUCCAGAAAUUCCUCACGCAAGAGGAGACGACCAGUCACCUGCAGCAGGUCACCAAGGAGGCGCAACUGAAGAUAGAUAAGCUAAAUGAGCAGCAUGCACAAGCCAAGGCCUUGGUCGAGGAGGUGAAGUACUCUGGUGCAGGUCUACUUGGCAGCCGACGUAUUGUGGACGAAUACGAGGCAAAGCUUGUGGAAGCGAAUACGAAUCUGGAUCGCUUGCAGGCCCGCUAUGAGAGGGUGGCCAAGAUCCUCAUCAACAUGAGGGCCGGGACAGAGCAUCUAUGGGACAAGCUGACGGUCAUCAAGAUUGACCAAGUAUUGGACUUACCAGUCCCGUACUCCCAAGGCAUGCCCCACCUAUGGCCAGGCGAGUCGAUCUCGGACUUUGCCGCCGGCGUCCUCACCUUCAGCAAAUUGGUGGCCAAAGAGGAACCGCGGCAGGCUGAGGCUGCAGCUGAACUACAACGGCAACAGCAAGAAGCCGCCGAAGCUCAGGGUCGGCAGCAGGAGGAAGCAGCUAAUGCAGUUCACCGCCUCCGACAAGGCGCUUCGGCAAGCUUGCAGCGGCAAGAGAUGGAGUACGCAGCCAAGUUGCGCAGCUGGCAUUUCACCCCGACAGACGGUCACUGCCAACCGUCGGAGGAUGAGAAAACCAAGGAGGACAUGUCCAAGCUCAUCGCCAAACUCAUGCUGACCUGCAAUUGGCAACAGGAAGAGUUGAAGCGGCUCGAGGGCGUCAUCAACGAAACUCGAGACACGCAAAGUCAUACAAAUUGCAGUUUCAAUGCGCGCCUCGAUCACUUAGAACAGGACGACGCCGCUUCAGCAAGCGCCGGCUCAAGUAACAGCCAGCCGUCAAUGCAAGAGUUGGAGGAACGGAUUGAUCAUGUAGUCACCACAAUCGGUGACCUUGCCACGUUCGCCAGACCAGUGACGAUCAGCCAACAGCUGCCAGUGCUGAAAGCCGACGUCUGCACGCUGCAGCAACACCCACCAGGUGGCAGCAACCCGCGACCAUACAAGAUGCCGAACCUCGACAUCGAGAAGUUCGACGACUACCACAAGCAAGACCCACUCACUUGGUGGCAAGGCUUCACUACCGCCAUCGACAUUCACCUUGUGCCCGACCACUUGAGGAUAGCAGCACUCUACCUCAACAUGACCGGCGCAUGCCAAAUUUGGCUCAACCAUUUGGCCACGCACGAGGAGGUAACCAUGGCGAACCUGCACACCAAGAUCUCGUGGGACGAUCUCGCUGCUAAAUGGAAGAAGCGGUUCAUCGUCGACAACGCGAAAGCUCACACUGUGAACCAGAUCUUCUGCAUGUUCCAAGGGACUCAACCUUCGCCCGGGUGGUUGACCGAAUGGCAGAAGAUCGUCGCUACUCCUAGUUUGAACAUCCCGUUCGAGCACGUUAAGCGCGAAUUCUUCCUCCGGUCGGUGGACUCCUUGAGCGCAGCAGUUGGGGAUGACGACCGGUACGAGGACUUUGACUCCAUCAUCAAUCGUGCUCGGUCAGUCAUCCAAACCAAUCGGCGUGCUGCUAACGAGAGAUAAGGGCAGAUGAACUUUGUGGAGAAAGGUAGACGAACUUUGUGGAGAAAGGUACAGGACAACGGAUGCAGCCCGUUGCUGCGGUCCAAUCAACUGGGCCGAACGAA